AUGAGCCCCGAGCCGGCGCCGCCGCCGCCCCAGUGUCCCGGCUGUGACCGCGGGGAGCCCUUCGCCUAGCGGCUGGAGAAGGGCGACGAGGCUUUCCGCGCGGGCGAGUACGAGGUGGCAGCCGACCUCUUCCGCUCCACGCUGGCCGGGCUGGCGCAGCCCGACCGCGGCCUGUGCUUGCGGCUGGGGGACGCGCUGGCCUGCGCGGGCCGGCUCCCCGAGGAGCUGGGGGAGCUGGCGGGCGGCCUGGCGCGCGCUCUGGGCCGGCGCGACGGGCGGCUGCCGGCCGAGGCGCCGAGCGGGGGGCCGUCGGUCAGGGCGCCCGCCGCCGCCCGGGAGCUGCUUGGCUGCCCGCGCUGCCAGCGGCUGCUGCACAGGCGGGUGACGCUGCCGUGCGGGCGCACGGUGUGCAGGCGCUGCGUGGAGUCGGGGCCCGCGCGGCCGACCGCGCGCCGUGUCAACGUGGUGCUGAGCGGCCUGCUGGAGAAGUGCUUCCCGGCCGAGUGCCGGCUCUGCAGGCUGGCCGGCCAGGCGCGGAGUCUGCAGCGCCAGCAGCAGCCCGAGGCCGCGCUACUCCGGUGCGACCAGGCCCUGGAGCUGGCUCCUGGUGAUAAUUCAUUCUUGCUGCUGCGAGCAGAGUUACACUUAACCAUGAAGAACCAUGAGCAGGCUCUGAGGGAUGCCAGUGCGGUUUGUCAGAAUGAGCCUCUCCUGACUAAGGGACAUCAUGUGAAAGCUCGGGCCCUGUCUGGGCUGGGAAGAAGUAAGGAGGUAUUGACAGAGUUUCUCUACUGCCUCGCUUUGAAUCCCGAGUGUAGCGCAGUGAAGAAAGCAGCACAGGAGGUAAUGUGUGAGGCGUUUUUUCCAGCUUCAGAAAACGUGUGUCCAAAUAUAACGUCUUCCGUCCAAGGUGGCAUCUUGAACCCCAGACUAAAGGCUCACUGUCGCAGCCGUGUCAACACCCAGCCUCCCCAGGAAGAAGCUGAUAAUGCAGGGCGCUCUAAGAAUGCAUCUCAGAAAUCUGAUGUGUUAAAAAAUGCCAAUUCUUCAGUUUUAUGUUUUGUGCUGGGUCUACACUUUGAAGAGGAUAAAGAAGUGUUAGAAAGUCUCCUUGCAGUAGUGCCCAGCGCUGGUUUAAAGAGAGAGUUUCCGAGUGAUUUGGAGGAUGCACGUGACCUGAAGGCCCCUGGAAAAAUUCCCAAGAAAGAUUCCUCACCUCAAAGAAACAUGAACUCUAACAUAGGAGAAAGUCCAGAGCUUUCGAUAGAUGUAACCAACUUUGAGUGUGCCCUUUGCAUGAGGUUGCUCUUUGAGCCUGUCACUACACCGUGUGGACACACCUUUUGCCUAAAAUGCCUUGAGCGCUGCCUCGACCAUGCACCACAUUGUCCACUGUGCAAAGAAAAACUUUCGGAAUUGUUGGCAAGCAGAAAUUUUAAUAUAACUGUUCUGGCUGAAGAAUUAACAUUUCGGUAUUUGUCGGAUGAACUGUCUGAUAGGAAGAGAAUUUAUGAUGAAGAAAUGACAGAACUUUCAAAUCUGACCAGAGACGUCCCCAUCUUUGUGUGUGCCAUGGCCUUCCCCACUGUCCCGUGUCCUCUCCACGUCUUCGAGCCCCGCUAUCGGCUUAUGAUAAGAAGAUGCAUGGAAACUGGCACCAAAUGGUUUAGCAUGUAUUUAUCUUCUGAGCAUGCAGGGAUUUCAGAGUAUGGCUGCAUGCUGGAGAUUAAGGACCUGAGAACCUUCCCUGAUGAGAGUUCGGUUGUGGAUGCAGUUGGUAUUAGUCGGUUCAGAGUUUUAAGCCACCAGCACAGAGAUGGGUAUAACACGGCAGACAUUGAAUAUCUCGAAGAUGAAAAGGUGGAAGGUGCAGAGUAUGAAGAACUAGCCAGUCUUCAGGAUUCAGUUGAUCAACAGUCUGUUUCCUGGUUUACUUCACUUCAGGAUCACGUGAAAGAACAAAUUUUAAGUCAUUUUGGGUUAAUGCGCCAGGAACCUGAGCCUCAGAGUAAUCCUAGUGGUCCUGCUUGGUCCUGGUGGAUCCUGGCAGUGUUGCCGUUGGAACUCAAGGCUCAGCUGGCUAUACUUGGCGUGACCUCGCUUAAAGAGCGUCUGCUUGCCGUUCGGAGAAUAUUAGUCAUCAUCACACGUAAGAUAAAUAGUCGGCAAGAGCUGAGUAAUAGCAGGGAGAGAAAUAAUUGAUUUUCUCUCUCUGUCAAGGUUUCCAGAACCCCUUGUACUUUCAUGAGGAUGCGAGGCAUGGACGAGCAGCAUCCCAUUCAUUGCGCUUUGUGAAAUGCUUGUUGAUAGAGUUACAAAAUGGAA